AUGGCAUCUUUAGAGGACCCUGAGAAAAGUGAGAUAAUGGUCAAGUCCUGGGAAAGACAGCAUAAACUAGAAGAUGCUGGUAUAGCAGGCAUAACUGGAAAAAAAGAAGAAAUCAAACCUGAAAAAAGUCCUGGAAAAAGCACACAGCACUCAAAACCAUGUGUGGACAGAAGACGUGUCAAUUACGCUAAGUUCAUUAACACGAAUGCAAGGACGUACAACGAGCCAGUUCCCUACAUUGACAGCAAAGGGCCGGCGAAGCAGAGAAAAUGGUGGUUCCACAGUGAAGCGAAAGAACCUGUCUCCCAGCCACCUUACGACACCAAGAGCACCCAGAGAAGUGAUUUUCAAACGCCAGCUUGCCCGCUGGUUUUGCCAGUCAAACACAGCCGGAUGCAAAAGCCUUCUUGUGGGAUAGUUCCGCUUACGUGCCUGAGUUCAUCAGAACAUGAAAACAAUUUCGUAGAAUAUAUCUCCUUUAUUCAUCAAUAUGAUUCCAGGAAAAGUCCCAAUGAGCCCAUCCGGGGAAAGAGACACGGAACCUUUGUGCAGAGAGAGAUAAAGCCACGGACUCUGCCGAUAGUUCCCAAGGGACCAGAGGUAUUACCGAACGCUCUAGGGUCAUGUUCAUCAGAACAGCCCCCAAAAACAGAAAAAGGAAACUCGUCAGGAGACAGCAUGACCUCACCAGGCCCACGCUGGCAGAAUUCCCAAGAACUGCUGCAGACUUAG